UACACGAGAAAAAGGCUCCAGAAAAACACCUUAAUUGCACUCUGUUUUCAAUUUGGACAUUCAAAACUGUAACAGUUAAACAUUCAUGACGAGCACAAUCAAAACGGCGUGCUACGUCGUUCCGCAAACUGGCAACUACGUGGUAUUCGGUGGAUCAUCACAUGAUGUGAACCAUAUUCGAACGCGGACCAUUUAGGAAAAUAAAUAUAAUACCAAACGCAAAUCGUGUAUGUCGUAUCGAGCCCAUUGAUAAGUUAACUCACCUGACAAUUCUUAGUGCUUUUACUUCUAUGCAGCGAUUAACAAAAGCACUAACAUUUUACUACUCUGCAGUAACCACACCGGAAAAAUACUACAUUUUAUCCUCCGAUGAGAUUUACGAAGUUCGCGACUCAAAUGCACCGUAUGUAACUGGAUUUUCGUUCCCCUUAGUCGAACCGGAGGAAGUCGAGAGACUCGAGAAUUCGGUCUCUCAAAACGAUCGCAUCCGCGAGGAAUAUGUAAACUUUUUGACUCGCAAGAAACCUGCUGGAAUGUCGAUAGUUCAAUUUCUUCCAAUGGUUUUCUCGGACGAAGCUCUGGAUGGAUAUAAUUACAACGGAUCUAAUGCGCUCGGAAAAUGCAAAUUGCCCAUGAAAGGGUAUGACAUAUUUUCGCACUGCUUUAUUGACAUUGAAUUUACCUGCGAUGAUUCUGUCACAUAGCUGAAGCGAGAUUUUUAUGUUUUGACCGGUCCUGGCCAAAAAUGAGACCCCCUCCCCACAAAAAGGGGAGAAUCAUGUGAAGACAAGCUGUU